CAUUCAUGAUUUGUCCAGUGAGAGGCAACCUUAUCUCCAACAAAAACGAGUGUAGGGAAUUGGAUACCAUUUAAAUAUGUUUUGUAUACUCCGCUAUUACUUGUAUCUAUUAUCACUUGAUUCACUUCCAACGUUAUUGUUGUAAUUUCCCCCACUUGUAUUUUACUAAUGUUUUUCGACAAUCAUACUUUUCCAUUUCUACGAAAUUUCUAUCAUAUUUUCCUGCUAUACGUGAUAAUUGAAAAAUCUUGUCUCAUUCCUUUUUUUUUUUUUUUUUUUUUUUUUUUUUUUUUUGCAUGAAAGAUUUCUUAUUUUAUAAGUUUAUUACUCGUAUAAAAUUUCUAUCAUAGGCUUUGUCCAUUAAAAAUGGGUAUUAAAUAUUUCUCCCAAAUUUUAUGUUUUUGUGCAUUAAUAAAUAUUUGUUUUCUUCCUAUAACAACUUAUGGAUUGUUGAAAAUCAGUCUCAAAAGAGUUGAUCAACAACAUAAAACAAAUUUUAAUAAUAUUAAAUUUGCAAGAAAGUUGGGUACAAUUGAAGUGGGAAAACGUGCAGAAAUUAUACAUUUGAAGAAUUACAUGAAUUCCCAAUUUUAUGGAGAAAUUGGAAUUGGCACACCACCUCAAAAAUUUGCUGUCAUUUUUGAUACUGCAGUUUCUAAUCUUUGGGUUCCAUCUUCUAAGUGCAAUUCUUCUGAGGCUUGCUAUUUACAUUCAAGAUAUGAAUCAAGCCACUCAAGUACAUACACAAAGAUAGGGUCACCACAUGAAAUUAUUUAUGGAACAGAGGCAAAACUCACUGGUUUUCUUAGCCAGGAUAAUGUUGAAAUUGGAGGUUUACUUGUCAAAAAUCAAAUAAUCUUCGAAAUAACAAGUGAAGAAAGCAUAACAUUGGUACAUGCUAAAUUUGAUGGUGUAGUAGGGCUUGCAUUUCCAGAUAAAUCAGAAGGAAACGCCAAUCUUAUAUGGUAUACAAUGGAAGAACAAAAACUACUAAAGAAGAAAGUUUUCUCGAUCUGGUUUAACACAGAUUCAGAAGCAGAAUCAGGAGGAGAGGUUGUUUUUGGAGGAGUUGAUCCUAAUCAUUUCAAGGGAAAACAUGUUUAUGUUCCUGUGACGCCGAACCAGAAUGGUAUAUGGCAGAUUGAAAUUGGAGAACUCUUCAUUGGUAACCAAUCAUCCGGCUACUGUCAGGAAGGCUGUCCUGCUGUUUUAGACUCAGGAUCACCAUUACUUUCGGGCCCUGCGGUUAUUGUGGUUGAGAUCAACCACGCAAUAGGAGCAAAAGGUGUCAAAAGCAAGGAAUGCAAAGAAAUAAUCUCCCACAAUGGAGAGAAGAUAUACGAUCUUUUAGCAUCAGGGGUAAAUCCUGAUGAUAUAUGUUCACAACUUAGCUUGUGCCUCAACAACGGAGCUCAGCAUAUGAGGAACAAUCUCAAGACAGCUCAAGAAAGAAUAAACAGAAAAGAACUUUUAUCAUUUGCAGAUGAGUUGCUAUGCAGUGCCUGUCAGAAAAUAGUGAUUUGGAUUCAGAGGCAGAUGAAACAGAGAAAAACAAAGAAAGGAAUACUGAGAUACGUUAGAAAGCUAUGCUUUAGCUUUCCGACUCCUCGAGGAGACGUAGAAGUUCCUUGUGAAAACAUCCCACUCAUGCCACACUUGACAUUCACAAUUGGAAAUAAGCCUUUCACAUUCACUCCUCAACAGUAUAUACGCACAACUAGAAAGCACCGUAAAAUGACCUGCCGGAGCCAAUUUUCCGCGGUGGAUCUACCAUCACUUCCAGGAGCAUGGAUCUUUGGAAAUGUAUUCAUGGGAGUUUACCAUUCAGUUUUUGAUUUUAGCAAACCACAAGUGGGUUUUGCUGAAGCAGUUUAUUAGACUCAUAAUCUAUUUGACCAAAUUCAAGCGUCUUCAUUUCCGCUCAAUACUGGCUGUAGCGCCUUGUCGUUUCAAGUAUUCGGCAACAGCUUAACAAGCACUGUAACAACUGCGGAGUAAUUUCCAGAUUUGGGCUGUUAAUUUAAUAAAUGUAAAAUAUUACAAAUAAUAUCUCAAGUGUUUAGACUAUUUACUUACUUUCCUACCCUGGUAACAAAUCAUUUUUGCAUCUGA